CCGGUGUUUAUAAAUAUUAUUAUAAAAUAAUAAAAAAAAAACACAACAAUGGAUAAUUUGAUAAUACGAGAAGCUCGUGUAGAAGAUUGCCAAGCAAUUCGUGAUUUAAUUCAGGAAUUGGCAGAUUUCGAAAAAAUGCCAGAAGGACCAAAAAUAAACACUAAAGAUUUAGAAAAUGAUGGUUUUGGAGAACAAGCAAUGUUUCAUUCAUUUGUUGCUCAACUUGAUGAUAAAAUUGUUGGAUAUGCAAUAUAUUAUUAUACAUAUUCAACUUGGGGUGGUAAAUCAAUGUAUCUAGAAGAUUUAUAUGUUUGUCCUGAUGUACAAAAGAAAAGAAUUGGAAGUCGUUUAUUUGAUACUGUUGCUAAGAAAGCUGUUGAUAUGAAUUGUUGGAGAUUGGAUUUUUCUGUUCUUGAGUGGAAUCCAGCUACAAGCUUCUACGAACACAAAGGUGCUGUUGAUAUAACAACAACUGAAAAAUGGCAUCACUUUCGUUUAGAUAAAGAUGCACUUAAAAAGCUUGCUGAUAAAUUAGUUAAUGAAUUAGCAGAUUUUCAAAAAAUUCCAAAUGGUCCAAAAAUUGGUGUUAAAGAUUUGGAAAAAGAUGGAUUUGGUGAUCGACCAUUGUUUCAAGCACUUGUUGCUCAACUUGAUGAUAAAAUAAUUGGCUAUACAAUGUAUUACAAUACCUACUCACCCUGGGGAGGAAAAUCAAUGUGUCUUGAGGAUUUAUACGUAUGUCCUGAUUAUCAAAAAAAAGGAAUUGGUAGUCUUCUAUUCGAUUGUGUUGCCAAGAUAGCUGUUGAUACAAAUUGUUAUCAAUUGGAUUUUAUAGUUCUCGAGUGGAAUCCUGCAACAAAUUUCUACAAACACAAAGGAGCUAUUGACUUAACAACAACUGAAAAAUGGCAACAUUAUCGUUUAGAUAAAAAUGCACUUGAAAAACUUGAAGAAAUGAAAAUAAAAUUAUUUAAUAAUAAUUGGAAAGGUUUUGGAUUUGAUUUUAACAUUUGGAAUGAUAAUAAUUCUCCAGUUAUCAAAAUAAAUGAUGAUAAAGAAAUAAAUUUAAAUGAAAAUUGUGGUAUUUUAUCUGAUAGAAUUAUCGAAACAUGUUCUAGUUUCUUAACAAAAUGUCCAGUAACAGGAAAAUUUAUUCUGGGCAAAUGUAAUCUCAGCAAAAAGGUACCAAUAUCAUCAAUAACUGCCUUGGCUCAUCAUAAACAUCUACAACACUUGAACAUAUCCCACAAUAACCUGAAGGAUUUAUCACCACUUGGUUGCCUUGAUCAUCUUCUUUAUCUAAAUGCAUCCUACAAUAAAAUAAAAGACGUGUUAAAAUUCAAUUCUCCUGUCUAUCUAACUUACGUCAACCUCUCUCACAACAAAAUAAAAUUCAUUCAAGAUUUAUCAGAAUUUUGGAGCAUUGUUAAGCUCAAUCUUUCUCAUAAUAGAAUCGAAAAAAUAACUGGACUUGAUAACCUACGACAUUUAAAAGAUUUAAAUUUAUCAUUUAAUUUGAUUGAAAAUGUUGAUAAUUUAUAUCAUUUAAAAAUUGAAGAAUUAAAUUUAGAAUAUAAUUGUAUUAAAACAUUUUCAUCAUCAAUUAAUAAUGAAUCAUUAUUAAAAACUUUAUCAAAUUUAAAAAAUAUAUUAUUAGCACAUAAUAGUAUAACAUCAUUAGAUUUUUUAGAAGAUAAUCAUUCACUUUGUUUGAUUGAUUUAAAGUCAAAUAAAUUAUCUGAUUUAUUUGAAAUAUCACAUUUAAAAGGUCAUCCAAUUUAUGAAAUUGAUUUACGUGGAAAUCAUUGUGUUAAAUGGUCAAAUUACAAAGAUCUUAUAUUAUUUUUAAUACCACAUGUUGUAUUUAUUGAUGGUUUUCCAGUAACAAUUACUGAACGUAUAUCAGCAAUGACAAAAUUUGAGCCAUCUGUUGAUUUAUUAGCAUCACAAUAUAUCAGAAGGCUCAUACUUUUUGAGCAAUUAAAUUUUUCAAAUAUUAAUCAUGAUAAUGAGUUGGCUUAUGAUGAAUCAGAGCCUCUUUUAUUAAUUCUAACUGGACCAUCAGCUUCUAGAAAAAUUAGACUUGGUCUUUACAUUGCUGAGACACUAUCGAAAAAUGUGAGGUAUUGUCCUAGUCAUACAACUAGAGAAUUUUCAACAAGUAAUUUAGAAGCAAAAGCAUAUGAAUAUUUUGAACGUGAAGAAUUUAAUGAGAUGGCUGAAAAAGGAGAAUAUUUAACAAUUGAAGAACUUGUUGGCGAUAAUUAUGGAUUUCAUAAAAGUGAAAUAAUUAAAUUAAAAAAUGAAAAUAAAAUUGGAAUAACACAAAUGGAUUUACAAUCAUCAAUACAAAUGAAAAAACGUUAUUCAAAUAUUAAAUUAAUAUUUAUUCUUGUUAAAGAUGAAUUGAUACAUUGUGAAUUGAUUGAAGAAAAAUUUAAAAUAUUUACAUGGAUUAAAGAUAAAAAUAAUAAACAUAUUACAUUUGAUACUGAUGAUUCAAUUGAAGAUUUUAAUUUUGAUCAAGAUCAUGAUGAAUUAAAGAUAAUGCUUGAUGAAGAAUCAAAUAUUAUUAUUGAUGAUGAGAUUACAAAAAAAAAACGUAAACAAGCAAAAGUUUUAUAUCGACGUAGUACAAUGAAUGAAAUUGAUCAUCAAGAUGAUGAAGUUAAAUCAUUAACAAGUGAAGAAUCACAAGAUAAAUUAUAUCCAUUUAUUAAAAAAUUAGAAAAUAAAAAAACACUUAUGAAAUAUUAUGUUGAUAUUGUUUUAAAAUCAAGACAAGAUUAUAUUGAUUAUCAUUUAAAUAAUCCUGGAUUUUAUUCAUUUGUUUUUACUGAUAAAUUUGAAACACAUGCUGUUAAAUCAUUGACUCAUUUUAUCAAGAAUUUGAAGAUAAAACAUUAUUAUCAAUCUUCAGCUGAAAUUAAGUAUCUACAUGAUAAAAUUAUUCCAAAAAAAAUUGAUGAAUUUAUCAAUGCUCUAUCAUCAGCCAAAUAA